AUGGCUGAUACUACUGUUGAUUUUUUGUGUCAACAAAACACUCAAGAAAAAAGUAUUAUAAACAACGGCAAUAAAUCUAAUAACAAUGGAACUGAAGCAGUUGAAUCUACAAUUAAAGACCAAGAUGACGUUCAUGACUUACUUAAAAAUAUGUCUAAUUUCGAGGUAAAAAGAAUUUUAAGAAAUAAUGCUACUCAAAAGCAAAUAGCCAUUGAAGGUACUUUCAAAGGUUGUGAUGGAAGUGCAUUACUUGUUCUUGAAAAAAAAGGAUUUCCUGAGGAACAGUCAUUACUCGAGCAAGGAUUUUUUAAUGACGAAACUACAACAAAAAAAAUCUACCGUAAUGAUAUUUACAGAGGUUAUGAUUUUUAUCCGACCAACGAAUUUAAUGGCCUUAAUGCUACUAUAACAUAUCCUGCUGAGCCUAAGCAUAUUGAAAAAUUUACUCCACCAGAUUAUUACACAAUUGAAGAAACUCCAGAAAUUUAUAAAAAUGUUACUUAUCCUUCUUUAACAAAGCAAUUAUCAAUAAAGUGGGUUGACAAUAUCCUGGACGGAACAGCAGAAGCUGAUCGAGUAAUUUAUAAUGAUAAGGAUGAAAAAACUGGAUUUGUACUGGUAAAAGAUUUGAAGUGGAAAGACGACAUAUCAAAUUUGUAUUUAAUUGCUAUUACUAGGUUGAAAAUUGCAUCAAUUAGGGAGUUGAAUGAAUCUCAUCUUCCUUUGUUGAAAAAUAUCAAAGAAGCUGGUUCAAGAGCUAUUGAAGAAAAGUAUAAUAUACCGGCUAAUAGAUUAAGAACAUAUUUCCAUUAUCAGCCAUCUUACUACCACUUGCAUGUUCAUUUUACUGCUCUUACUGUUGAGAAUGCAGGUACGCUGGUCGAACGCGCGCAUUUACUUUCCACAGUGAUAAAUAACAUUGAAAUGAUGCCAGAUUAUUAUCAAAAAGCUACACUGACAUUUAGGAUUUGCAAAUAUGAAGCAUAUAAACCUUAUGAAGGCUACCUUAAAAAUGAAAAAGCUAGCGAAAAAGAAAGCACCGAAGAAGACGACAGACCGACGAAACGUCUGAAAUUGUCUGAUUGA